GAAAUUCCGGCCCUCCGCACCGUAGAAUUUGGACAGCACUGCCCUAUAACAAGGGACCUAAAUACUACGCUUCUAUGGGCCACAUGUAUUAAAAAAUAUAAAAGAGAAAAACAAGGCGUAAACUUCCAUCCAACUUCAGCAUUAGCUUAUUUUGUGUUUCUCAAAACACGCCAUUUAUUUAUUUGUCACUAAAUCAGCUCGACAUGCCUACAGAGCAACCUCUCUGUCCGAUUUCUGAUUGACCACAUGAACUUCAACCUUUGAGCCUUAAGCCUUCUGGGAAAUGUAGUCCGGAGAGGACGCUGCUGUGGCGCCCCACAAACUACAGCGCCGCAGAACCUGAUAGGACAAGACGGAGCAUGCGCAUUACUCGGUGAUUCUGAACCGGAGGUGCUGUGCCGGCUUUGGUUGCUAUAGCAGGUGCCAGGUAUAAUGCAGCCAACAUGUCAGUGGACUCGAUGCUUUGUGAUCGUAUAGACAUUGCUAAGCAACUGAUUAAAAGAGCUGAAGCACUUUCCAGAUCUCGAGUAGGCGGCGUGGAAGGCGGAGCAAAAUUAUGCAGCAAACUGAGAGCAGAGUUAAAGUUUUUACAAAAAGUUGAGACAGGAAAAGUAGCCAUUAAAGAGUCCCACCUUCGAAGCACAAACCUCACCCACCUGCAAGCUGUUAUUGAAUCUGCAGAGAGCUUGGAAGAGGUGGUCAGCGUUCUUCAUGUCUUCUGCUAUAAUGAUCAGUUUGGGGAGAAGCAAUCACUUGUGGUUGAUGUGGUUGCAAAUAGCGGGCACACUUGGGUGAAAGCAAUUGGGCGAAAAGCUGAAGCACUGCACAACAUAUGGCUGGGGCGGGGUCAGUAUGGAGAUAAAAGCAUCAUUGAACAGGCAGAAGAUUUUCUACAAGCCAGCUCUCAGCAGCCGGUGCAGUAUAGCAGCCCACAUAUCAUAUUUGCCUUUUACAAUAGCGUCUCCAAACCUAUGGCUGAAAAGUUGAAAGAGAUGGGUAUCUCUGUACGCGGGGAUAUUGUUGCUGUUAAUGUCUCUCAGGAAAAUUCACCAGAGGAGAACUACUUAAGUGGAAGUGAAUCUGACUGUGAUGGUGAUGAUACAUCUGUCCUACACGUCAGCAAAGUAGAUAGUGAAAACAUAGUUGCUAGUAUUGCCUUCCCUACAGAGAUCAAGGUGGAGGUCUGCAAACGGGUUAAUUUGGAUAUCACUACCUUAAUUACCUAUGUAUCUGCUUUGAGCCAUGGAGGUUGCGAAUGGAUAUUUAAAGAAAAGGUUUUAACUGAGCAAGCAGCACAAGAGAGGCAAGAAAAGGUGCUCCCACUGCUUAAUUCAUUUAUGGAAGCGAAAGAGUUGUUUGCAUGUGAAUGUGCUGUGAAGGAUUUCCAGUCCAUCCUGGAGACUUUGGGUGGACCAGCAGAGAAAGAAAGAGCUGCAUCACUAGUAAAGCGAAUUACUGUUGUACCAGACCAGCCUUCUGAGCGUGCCUUACAACUUGCUAGUAGCUCCAAAAUUAACAGCCGUUCCAUUUCUAUCUUUGGGACCGGGGAGAGCUUAAAAGCCAUCACAAUGACUGCAAAUAGUGGUUUUGUAAGAGCAGCAGCUAACCAGGGAGUCAAGUUUAGUGUGUUCAUACAUCAACCUCGAGCUCUAACUGAAAGUAAAGAAUCUUCAGCCACUCCUUUACCAAAUAAUUAUAUAUCUUCCAAUCAACUCUGAUAAACCUUUAAGUAUGCUUUAGCAGAACCUUGCACAGUUAUAAGUGUAAAAGCUUCUGCUACUUGGGAAGCAACAGAUUUAAUGAAAUUGAGAGAAAUCUAUAUUCUCUGUUAUUUUGAUUUGUUUAAAAACAUCUUUAAUAAUAUAUUUUGAAUAUAUGCAUCUUAAAUUGUUUUGUAUUUUAUUCAAAAGUAAAAAAAUCUCUUAGAAUA